AUGGCGGGAACCAUAGACAUCCCUCUCAUCCUCCUCAGCUUACCCUUAGCAUGCAUCACCUAUUCUCUUCUCCUAGCUCUAUACAACCUCACACUGCACCCCCUCGCCAAGUUCCCCGGUCCCAUAUUUGACAGCGCCUUCGACUUUCCAAGAUACUGGUACAUGUACCUCGGAGACUCGGCCGCCAGAUUCACCGAAUUGCAUGGUCGGUAUGGGAAGGUUGUGAGAGUUGCUCCAAAUAGACUGUCGUUCAAUACGGCUCAAUCCUUUACUGACAUCUACUCCACCAAAGGCAGAGAUGGAUAUCCAUUAAGCAAAGAUCAGGAGCAAUACACUGAUGCUGUCAACCAAGAGAUGAAAAGUAUCGUUUACCUCGACAACCCAACUCACAAAAAACACCGCCGCGUCAUGACCUACGCUUUCUCCCACUCCGCCGUCCGCGAACAGGAGUCCACCGUGCACUCCUACUGCAACCUACUUAUCUCUCGCCUGAAAGCCCAAAUCGCAGACCCUUCCAUCAAAGGCAAAGUCGACCUAGUCCGUUGGCUAAACUUCACCACCUUUGACAUAAUCGGCGACCUCGCCUUCGCCGAGUCUUUCCACUGUCUUGAAACAGCCCAGAACAGUCUCUGGAUGACUGCUGUGUUCCAGAAUUUGAAGACCGCGGUGUACAUGCGUAUUGCAAUGGGGUAUCCGCUACUCAAGUUAGCGUUGCAAGGAGCGCUUAGGAUGCCAAGUGUUGCGAGAGCGACGAGGAAGUUAACGAAGGACUCAGAAGAUAAGAUGUCAAGGCGGUUGGUAUUGGAGACGGAUAGAAAGGAUUUCACUAGCCAUUUCCUCAAGCAUAGGGACGGUAUCAUGACAGACAACGAUCUUCUCAGCAAUGCAAGUCUCUUCAUCCUCGCCGGCAGCGAAACGAGCGCCACUCUGCUCUCAGGAUUGAUUCACCUCCUUCUCAAAAACCCAGACUGGAUGCAGAAAGUCAGAGAUGAGGUCGACGCCGCUUUCAAGGAUACAUCGGAAAUGACGUUCAUGAAAGAAGCUCAGCUGCAAUACUUACACGCUUGUGUUGAAGAGACGUUCCGAGUAUACCCACCUGUACCAAUGGAGCUCAAUCGCGUGACGCCACCUGAAGGUGCAACGAUUGACGGUGUUUUUGUGCCAGGAAAUAAAUCCGUUGCAACCUCUCACCUGGCCACGUACCACUCUUCACGCAACUUCAAGGACCCACUAGAGUUCCACCCCGAGCGCUUCCUCGGUGACAAGCGGUAUGCUGAUGAUAAUAUGGCUGCACUGCAACCUUUCUCUGUUGGUCCACGAAACUGUAUCGGCAUGAAUCUCGCAUACGCAGAAAUCCGCAGCAUCGCCACAAGGGUACUCUGGAAUUUCGAUAUCGAACUCUGUACCGAGUCGGAACGGUGGCUAGAUCAGAAGAUGUGGCUGCUAUGGGACAAGAAACCGCUGAUGGUGAAGUUGAAGGAGCGGAAGCGGAAGUGA